UUGCCAGUCGAUUUCUCGGUUUCCCGACCCGUUUGUACUUUCAUCUGUUUGGGGCGAGUGCCGACACUCGGGACAGAAACCCUCAGCAUUGCCUGCAGUUUCAAACAGAUUCCCUCUUCAUGUCGGUCCCACGACAACGGAGAAAAUCUGUUUCACAGCGGAGUGAAAUCUGAUGUCCAAUCUAUCCAAAGACUCCUCACAUUAUUGGACUGCUAUUUUUAGAAAGCUCAACCCGUGUGUUGCCACUAGUGCGGGCUCUGAUCACAUCUCGGUGGCAGGCUGGAUUUUCAAAACAUUAACUGUCUCUCUUCCUCAUCCUGCUUCCGAGGAACAUGGCGGGUUCGACCUGAUCGCAGCUUCUCGCCCAAUUUCGCAAUCCUUGCCAGAAGCGUUCUCAUCUCUGCCGAAAGGUCAGUCGUGGCUCCUAAUAUCCACCCAAUCCUGACAGGAUAGCGGGAUCCGCACGUUAGGAGAUCGCCUUCGAUCGCCAGGUGGGAGUGGUGAAAGGCAAAAUAAUUCAAGCACUAUUACAAAGUGAGAAUAUAAAUUGUGACACUUCCCAACGAGGAGGUUUACCAAGCAAGCGUUCACUGACAGAUAAAUGCGCGCACCCAGGGACCAUUUUGCUUUCAUGACAUUAUGCUGAAUGCAGCCAUUAAUAAAAGGGUGAGGCUCUAAACAGCUCCUCCGUUUUUGUGGACACUACUACGUACACUAUUCUAUGUUCUAUUGCAUGAGAAGUAGCUAUUGAGUCAUGAGUUCUCCAAUUCGCCCAGUUAUUCUAGAGAGAAAAAGAAUGGACUACAAUGCAGAAGUACCUGUCAAGAAGCAGCUUGCAGAUGCAACAAGAUUCACUGGCUUAAGCAGAGGCUUUGAUCCAUUAACAAUGCCCCUGUCUUGGCAUCAACGUCAGAGACACGAUGGAGUGUCUGACCGAGAGCAACCGAUCCAGCUGUUGGCUCGAGACAGAAUGCAUAGCAUGCUCACCUCAGGGAUAAAGGGACCUAAGGGACUGGAAGAAAGUAGGAGCAGAGUUGAAGUCAGUUCGACGCUCCCCAUGGCACUUCAACCAACUGCUCCGAUAGACUUACGAACAGACCUGCGGAUCACCAUGCCAGUUGUGGACCCCGUCACAAGAGAACACCAGUUACAGCAAGAGCUCCUCCUGCUGCAGCAGCAACAGCAGAUUCAGAAACAGCUUCUCUUUGCUGAGUUCCAGAAACAACAUGAAACCCUCAUGAGACAGCACCAAGUCCAGCUUCAGGAACAUCUCAAGCAACAACAGGAACUACUAGCUAUGCAACACCAGCAGGAGCUUCUGGAGCAGGAACGCAAACUGGACAAGAAGCGCCAGGAACAAGAGUUUGGACGACAACUACAGGAACAGCAUCUUUUGUUUCUUCGAAAUAAGGAAAGAAGCAGAGAAAGUGCUGUGGCCAGUACUGAAGUCAAGCAGAAACUUCAGGAAUUCCUGUUGAGUAAAUCAGCAAAAGAAUCUCCAUCAAGUGGGCUGAACCACUCCUUCCCACAACAUCCCAAACACUGGUACAAGGGGGCUCACCGUACUUCACUGGACCAGAAUUCACCACCACAGAGUGGAAAUUCUCCAUCAUAUAAGCAUCCAUCAUUGGCAGUUAAUGACACAAAGGAUGAUUUUCCCCUACGUAAAACUGGUUCCUCGGUUUGUAACAGUGCUCCAGGAUCUGGCCCCAGUUCUCCCAACAAUAGCUGCAUUGGAUGCUCAUUAGAGAAUGGAUUCUCACAUUCACACACCGAGCAGUUGCUGCCACAUCGCAGGAUUCUGAAUUGGGAUGGAUCAGUGAACACUCUGAAUCUCUACACGUCACCAUCAUUACCCAACAUUACUCUGGGUCUCCCAGCUCCAACUGCCUCAUCUGCCUCCUCCCACAUCAAAGCCUCAACAACAAACCAAAGUACUGACAGACAAGCUAUUCCGGGAAUGACAGCCAUUACUGGACAGUUCAGAGGAGGUGCUCCCUUAUCUUCUUACUUAACGCCUGCUCCUUUUGAUGGAAAGGUUAACAGCACCCAUCAUGCCUUGCUACAGCAUGUACUUCUGAUGGAACAGGUUCGAAAGCAGAGUCCCCUCACAACGGGUGUGGUUCCUCUUCACGCUCAUUCUACACUGGCAACAGUGGGGGAGACGUUAUCACCGACUCUCAGGCCUGGAAACAAGUUGCCACGCCACAGACCACUGAAUCGAACACAUUCUGCUCCACUCCCACAAAACACACAGGCUCUGGCACAGUUGCUAGUUCAGCAGCAGCACCAACAGUUCCUGGAAAAUCAGAAGCAGUACCAGCAGCAUGUACAAUUGACCAAGACAAUUUCCAAACCCCAUGAGCAGCUUCAGCAGCCUGAAAGCCACCCUGAGGAGACAGAGGACGAACUGUGCGAGCAGCAGACGAUACAGGAGAUUGAGGGGCCUCCCUGUGGUAGCAGCAAGAGCAACAGCAAUGGUACCUAUAUGAGGUCAAUAAAAGAACUUCAACCAGACAUUGUGCAGGUGAAACAGGAGCCUCCAGACAGUGAUGAUGAAAUCAAAUUCAAACAGAAUGAUCCUGAGCAAAAGACAGCAAUUUUUCACCAGCAGCUUCUGGAUCAUCAGCAUAUCCACCAACUUCGACUGUACCAAGCUCAGAUGGCUGUGGUUGGCAUGACAGGAUUAGACAAGCAAAGGCCUGUUUCCAGGACACAGUCAUCCCCUGCUGCUUCCACAUUGCAGCAUUCUUCUAUGGACCAUCCCAUCAGGCACGUCUAUACCACUGGAGUUGUCUAUGACACCAUCAUGCUUAAACACCAGUGCAUCUGCGGUAACCACAGCAUUCACCCUGAACAUCCUGGAAGAAUACAAAGCAUCUGGUCAAGGUUGCAGGAAGCAGGAUUGCUCAGCAUUUGUGAGCAAAUCCGAGGUCGAAAAGCCACGUUGGAGGAAAUACAGAUGGUACACUCUGAAUAUCAUUCACUGCUCUUUGGUACUAACCUCCUCAACAGGCAAAAGCUGGACGCAAGGAAGCUGCUAGGUUCUGUCACGCAAAAUUUCUUCACUGCUCUCCCUUGUGGGGGUCUUGGAGUGGACAGUGACACCAUUUGGAAUGAGAUGCACUCGUCCAGUGCAGCACGCAUGGCCGUUGGCUGUGUCAUUGAGAUGGCUUCCAAAGUGGCCUCUGGAGAGCUAAAGAAUGGAUUUGCUGUUGUCAGGCCCCCUGGCCAUCACGCUGAAGAAUCCACUGCCAUGGGGUUCUGCUUCUUUAAUUCUGUGGCAAUUACUGCCAAGUACUUGAAACGCAAGCUAAAUAUAGGCAAGAUAUUAAUCGUGGACUGGGAUGUUCACCAUGGUAAUGGUACACAGCAAGCCUUUUAUAAUGACCCUAACGUGCUUUAUAUUUCCCUCCACCGUUAUGAUGAAGGAAACUUCUUUCCUGGUAGUGGAGCCCCAGACGAGGUUGGAAGCGGCCCUGGUGAAGGCUUCACAGUGAAUAUUGCCUGGACAGGUGGUCUCAAUCCUCCUAUGGGAGAUGUCGAAUACCUUACUGCUUUCAGGACUGUGGUCAUGCCAAUCGCCAGUGAGUUCAAUCCAGAUGUGGUUUUGGUAUCAGCUGGUUUUGAUGCAGUCGAAGGUCAUGCCUCUCCGUUGGGUGGAUACAACGUCAAAGCCAAAUGUUUUCAGUACCUGACAAAGGAGCUAAUGACCUUGGCAAAGGGCCGUGUAAUUUUAGCUCUUGAAGGUGGGCACAAUCUUACUGCCAUCUGUGAUGCGUCAGAGGCCUGCUUUUAUGCCCUGCUAGGAAAUGAGCUGGAGCCUCUUCCCCAAGAAGUUCAGCUUCAGAAGCCAAACGCCAAUGCUGUAGCUUCUCUGGAAAAAACAAUUGAAAUUCAAAAGAAAUAUUGGAAAUCAGUGCAACAGUAUGCCUCAGAAGUUAACUGGUCUCUCAUAAAUGCCCACAACCUGGAGAGAAAAGAGACAGAAACAGUGUCUGCCAUGGCAUCACUUUCAGUGGAUCCCAAACAGAGACAUUCACAGAUAAGGAGCAGAACUCCUGAUGAACCAAUGGAAGAAGAGCCAGCUUUGUGAAGUGCCAAGUUCAUCCAGCUAUUUCCUUAAUAUGACAUCAUUGUCGGUCCCUUAAGACUCUCCCAGACAUGUCGUGUCUGCUGUUUGGGUAGUAUAAAUCAGCUAGAUCUUUCAGACAGUUCAGCCUGCAAAUAGUGACAAUUUCUCUUGAUCUUGGAAUACGUAAAAACAUACAUCUAUAAAGUUAUUUUUUCAAAUAAAGAAUGUCUUACAGGUCAGAAAUAUUUUCACAAAUUUCUUUCUUUUGACUUCACCGCUGGCUGUUUUCUUUGGAGGCCUAAGUACCCAUAGAUUUCCACUGAUGUACUGAAAUCAUUCUGUUUAUUCUUGAAGGAUGGAUGUUCUAAAAGCAAUGAAACCUUCUGGACUAAGGUUAGGCUAAUAAUGUUGUACCUUUUGAAAAAGAAAGUAAAGCA